AUUUUUGUGCGACCUACAUGACAAUUUGUAGCACAAUACAAGCAGGUCUUAGCUGCAUAACAUGAUUGUAGUAUUACCCUGAGAGAGUUGAUAUCUCUCCUCGAUUUGGAUCAUCUUUAUGUAAGGUUUGCAGUCCCUGAAGCUAUAAUUAUAACAGUUGUCUCUCCAGACCCUAUAUCGUGCUUUUUAGAGUGGCGGUACACGUGCACGACUACGAGUACCCCAAGCUCAUCAUCAUUGGUGCGCAGCUAACCACCUAUAUACAGUGGCGACAAGUGCUAGUGCCAGUGGUGAACCCCAAGAAGUGCUGAAUUAAUUUCUGGCGUCAAGUGCCUGGUAACCACUAAGAAAAUCACGGUUCGCAUGGGACGCGGCUGGAGGCCGCGUUUUCCGCAUCCAUAGUAACGCCACCACCCUCUAUGGGUCAAGGCGCAGAUACAGCUCCUAAAGCGGUGGGAGAGAAUCGACAAGUUGCGUGGGUUAGCGCCAGACUCUGUGACCAUGAGCGAAAGGAAGAUUUUUGCUGAGUGCUCGGAUUGCGAUGGCACAUUCAAAGGAUGUACUUGCAAGAAAUGCUCAAAAUGCACAACUCUGUUCAAAUGCUACCUGGGUACCAGCAUACCCAAGACAAGGUCUCACUGUCGGUACUGUGGUGCAGCUAUCUGUCCCUCAUGUUUGCUUAGUGGAAUUCAGCCGAUCAAGUCUUGUAAUCCCUGUCAUGUGGCACAUGUCAGGAAAGUUCAGAAGGGACAAGAUGCCCUGAUUUCACUCUCCGUGGAGAGCUCAGGCUUGCCAAUUGCUGAAGAUAAUUCCACUGUAGCAGCGGAGGAGAAUGCACCUGUAUCGCCGACGAUGAGCUUCAAAGAGAUGUCUGUGGACGAACAGCAUAUCUGGCUUACGGAAGCCGUAAGGAAAGGAAAUCAUUCACUGAUCUCGAUGUUGCUGGAUAGUGGUGCAAGCGUGGAUCUAACAGACACAUCUGGCAACCCGAUCCUGUUCAAUGCAUUGCGUCAUGGGCACCUUGCCUGUGUGGCAUUGAUGAUGGAGAGAGGAGUAGAUAUACAUUGCUGUAACGUGGAUGGAAACACAGCGCUUCAUAUUGUCGGGCGAUAUGGCAACACUGCGCAACACGUGGAGUGCUGUGAUAUGCUUGUACAGAUGGGUGCUGAUGUCUUCACACGCAAUAGCAAGCACAAGACGGCGCUGGAUUUAGCAGUGCGGCACGACGCUCAUCCAGACAUUGUGAGAGCAUUGCGCCAAUGCCAGUUGAGUCAAUCUCUUGUACAGCUGCAAGAGACACUGCAUCUACCUCCUGCUGCCAGUGUGAAGUAUGGGGAUCUGCAUCGGUCGAUAGCGUGUGUGGUGGACUACCUGACUCUACCAGAAGAUGAACGAGGAUUGGCUCCAGCAAUGGCUGCUACUCAAUCCCCGUCACCUGCUAUUACUGAGACCGUCGUGCCUUCACCAACACGUACACCUGUUGACUCUCCACCAUCUGGCAGGAAGCGAAAUGGUGAAACAAAGGGUCACACCAGACAGUCAUCAGGCAAUAUCAGCUGUCCCUCGUCUCCUGCCAUCAGUAGAGCACAUUCUCCUGUCGGUGAUCGGACUGCUGAACUCGCUGCUCGUGUUCAGCAGUUGACAACAGAGAAGCUGAACGCUGAGCAUCGCUGCCAGAGCCUGGUGGAGACGGUAGCGCGCAGUGCACAGCACACCGAGGAGCGUAUCCGCACCGCCCAGCGUGAGAUGGAGCAAAUGCAGCAGACACACAAGGAUGCUGUAAUGCGGCUGGAAGCACUUAACACGAACAAGAUAACCAAGCUGCGUGCGGACUGUGAUACUGCUGUGUUUGAGGCUGACCAGCGCUGUUUGGAUGCCGAGCGCAGCUACCGUGAUUUGAACGUUUUACAGCAAGGUUUGAAGCUCACCUGGAUUCCGGACGAGUUUGUGACCCAUUGCAUGAACUCCAAAUGCCGUGCUUCCUUUUCACAGCUGGUGAGACGACACCAUUGCCGGUCGUGUGGAAGGAUAUACUGCAAACCAUGUCUGGCCAAUUGUGUAGCGCUACCGAUGUUGGGCUACCAGGACGCUGUCAAGAUCUGCUCAACGUGCUUUGCUUUAGUCGACGAAAUGUUCAGCCCACCUUCAACAUGACCCAUUUCAAAAAAGUGCUGAGAUGUGAUUUGAGUUGCGUUGCCUGUUGGACAUCUCACCGCCUACUAGCACCAGUCCACUACCACAUGGGCAUGCCUGUCCUGCAUGAGAUCAGGACUCUGCUAGAGUGUGAUGAAAAUAGUGCUGAUCAUAGUGUUGAUCAGAGUGCUGAUCAUAGGUGCUGAUCAUAGGUGCUGAUCAUAGUGCUGAUCAUAGUGCUGAUCAUAGUGCUGAUCAUAGUGCUGGCAUGAUCAUAGUGCUGGCAUGAUCAUAGUGCUGAUCACCAGCCAGAUGAUUAUUUUAUUUUAUUUUUAAAGUUUUUUAUUUGCUGCUCAGGCAGCUGGUCAUCAACACUUUCCGCUUGGCAUGACAGUAUUUUGUAGAAUUUUGAAACUUUGAAAUUCUUUGAAAUUCUUUUCCUUUUCUCAUCAUCGUUUAGUCUAAUAAAUUAUCCUAGAAAAAGAGUACACAAGAAUAAAUUAAUAUGAUA